AAAAAAAAAUGAGGACGCAGAAAAAUCCCUGCUCCCCGGACAAAGUUUGGCUGGAAAAACACCGGGACGACGAAGCCGAGCGGGAAGCACCGGAGCCUGAGGCCGUCAACGGGAUCUGCCACGAGGAUUCCAUCGAAGGGGAGUUCAAGGGGGACCUGAAAAAACCCAGGAAUGGCAAAAAGCAGCGGAAACGGAAGCGCUCCCCGAAAGCCAAAGCUCCGGAUUCCAGGCUGGAGGCGAUCCUGGCGGGAAUGUCGGCGGAUCGCGUGUGGUUCGACAAGCCCUUGUAUGACCGCGCCGAGAGCGCCUACAGGAAAAAAUUAGCGGGUUCCCAGAGUUGGGAAUCACCCGAGAAUGGGAAAACGGCUCGGGAAUCUCCCACCACGGCCAGGUCGAAAUCCAGCCAAGAUAUUCCCAAGGCAAGGAUGCUCCCGGCGUGUUCCCACGGGAACCUGGCCGCCUGUCACCACGUGGUCCAAGGGGUUUGGAUCAACAAGUUUGACUUCGACAAGGCCGAGAGGGCGUUCAUGGAGAAAUCCCAGUUUUUCCUUCCUCCCGACGUCCUGGCCGUCCCAUCCGUGUGGGCGAAUUCCAGGCUGGCAACGCCGGACGAGGGCUACGGCACGGCCUUGCCCACUCCUGCCAUGCCGGGCUUGGCUCCCGGCGUUCCCAACUCUCCCGUGGCCUCCGUUCCCGGUUUGCCCGGCUCCGACCAGCAGACGGUCAACGGGAAGCCGCAGAUUUCCAACUGGGAAGUUCUGGCGUCCGAGGUGUGGCUGGAGAAGCCCCUCUACGACGAUGCGGAGAAGAAUUUUUACGAGAAGAUGUUGGACGGGCACCCCUCGGAUAAAACCCAGCGGCGGCAGCGCGGCUGCCCCGAGGCAUCCGAGAACCGCAGCCUUGGGAAGCGAACGGGAAUCGCCAACCCUCGGCUUCCCGGCGUUCCCAAGGAAAAUCCCGCCUGCUUCUUCCUGCACAAGGACAGCGAAUCCGUGUGGCUGAAUAAGGUGACCUACGACAGGGCCGAGUCCCGGUAUUUCGCCCUGGAAGCAGCCAGAGCAGCGGAGAGAACAGGGAUCCGGGAAUCUGCUGCCGGAAAUCCUUCCCAUCCAGCCGCUCCAAGCGUUCCCGCUCCGGAAAUGAAGAAAAUGGCUGUGGAUUACUUCCUGCACGACAAGAUCUGGUUCGAGAAGUACAAAUACGACGACGCCGAGCGAAGGUUCUACGAGCAGAUGAACGGCCCCAUGGGUGGCCCCUCCCGCCAGCAGGAGAACGGAGCCAGCACGAUCCUCCGCGACAUUGCCAGAGCCAGGGAGAAUAUCCAGAAAUCGCUGGCCGGACAGAAGACGCCUGCUCGGAGCAAGGAAGCUCCUUGUGCCCGUCCCAAGAAACAGUCGGGGCGCUCCGCUAGCGCGAGCACAACCUCCUCUGGACCUGCUGGUGACCAAAAUGAGCUCCUGUCCCGAAUUUCCCACCUGGAAGUGGAAAACCAGAACCUCCGCAGUGUUGUUGCAGACCUCCAGAUGGCCAUUUUCAAGCUGGAAAGCCGCCUGAACGCUCUGGAGAAAUCCUCAACUUCCCACCAGCCCUCAGCUGUUCCUCCAACCCAGAAAGUGGAACCUUUCAGCGUUCCAUCCAAAAAAGUGGAGCUUCCGGCCAAGAAAGCCGAGCCGGCCGCUGCCGAGGAGGAUGAGGACGACGACAUCGACCUUUUCGGGAGCGAUGACGAGGAGGAAGACCAGGAAGCUGCCAAAGUCCGGGAAGAGCGGCUCCGGCAGUACGCCGAGAAGAAGGCUAAGAAGCCGGGGCUCAUCGCCAAGUCUUCCAUCCUGCUGGAUGUGAAGCCGUGGGACGACGAGACCGACAUGGCCAAGAUGGAGGAGUGCGUCCGGUCCAUCCACAUGGACGGCCUGGUGUGGGGAGCCUCCAAACUGGUCCCAGUCGGAUACGGCAUCAAGAAACUCCAAAUCCAGUGCGUGGUGGAGGACGAGAAAGUCGGGACAGACAUCCUGGAGGAGGAGAUCACCAAGUUCGAGGACUAUGUGCAGAGCGUGGACAUUGCUGCAUUUAACAAGAUUUAGAAGGAAACAAAAAAACAAACUGUAUCCCCUUCCUCUGAACCCGGAAGUAAUAAAGAAACUUUGGGAGUGCA